GCGGUCGCGUCAGCGCGGAGGAGGGCGUGGCGUGACGCGUCUGACGCGAAUGACGUGGCGAGCUGGAUCAGCCGAACUCUCCUCUAUACUUCAAUAGAUCAGUUUCGCUCUUGGCGCUUUCGAAAUAACAUUGUUUGUCAAAAAUGGAGAUAAAUACAUGCAACAUUCAAGUGCUUCUGCAGGCAGCUGAAUACUUGGAGCGAAGGGAAAGAGAGGCCGAGCACGGUUAUGCCUCAGUGCUUCCAUUCUACAGUAAAGGAGUUACAGAUAAGAGAAAAAAGCAGAAAUCAAAGAGUCAUUCGCCUGGGAACAGCAGGUCUGUUCACAAUGAGUUGGAGAAACACAGGAGAGCUCAGUUAAAACAUUGUUUGGAGCAGCUGAAGGAGCAGGUUCCUCUGUCCUCGGAAUCGGCUAGAAACACAACCCUCAGUCUGCUCAGACAAGCACAGCUGCACAUCAAGAAGCUGCAGGAACAGGACGAGCGUGCAGAGCUGCUGAAGGAUCGUCUGCGCUGGGAGCAGAGAGAACUGCGCACACGGCUGGAGAAACUGCAGGGCGGUUCAGAGAGGAUGCGUAACGACAGCCUUGGCUCAGCUGUGUCCUCGGAGAGAUCCGACUCUGAGAGAGAGGAUGUUGAGAUCGAUGUGGAGAGCAUGGUGUGGACUCUGGAGUCAGAUGGUCUGGGCUCAUCACAUGCUGGGGUGGACCACAGCUACUCUACCUCUAAUCACACCUGGUUAUGACCGUCCCAGAUCUACAAACAUCACAGAACGGUAUGAAGUGGAUGGGGGACUCUGAAAACGUUUGAUGGGCUUUACCAUCGUCAUCACAGAACAGCCCUAUGUUGCUGCCACUCCGAAACCAUCAGCUGCAAACAACUAAGCAUGACUGGAAUUUAUUUUGUGUAGUGUAUUCUUUACACUAACGGCAUUAUGGUGCUCUAGUAUGCUAUACACUCGUGAGAUUCAAGUGUAACAAUUUUGGUUUUGCUUUAUUUCCACAGAAUGAAUGUUUUUUUUUCUGGAUUAGUUAUGGUCACAUUGUACCCGUUAGCUGUCUUCUAUCCAGCUAAUGAGCUUAACUUUAGGGUCAGCCUGCAGUACACAUGGCUUGCACUUAAAUGUUUAAUAUCCAGCUUAUUUAAUUCUGUUUUAAAAGUUGAGUUUUGAUACAUUGCACAAAGCAUACGCAUGAGCACUUGUGAUGUCUCUUUAGGUGUGUUAUUUCUUUCAAGUUUGCUAAUAUGUGAAAUUGCAGAUUAUGUCAAUGCAUUUUUUUUUUUUUUUUCACUUUUAAUAUUGCAAUUUUUUUCUAAUUGGAAAAACUGGGGAGGCUAAUUCAAAGGUUGUGGUGCUGCAAUUCAUAGGGAAAGAAUGGUUUCCUUUACAGCCAUGCAUUUGUUAUUUGCUAUUGGGUAAAGGUACAGUUGGGUUUGAAAUGAUUGUUAUUGAACUAAUAUUGCCGUCAUUGUGACGUUUUAUUUUUAUGUAUUUUUUACUUUGUUUUGGUCCUGUGCUUUGGUUCACUUCAGAGAAUCAAAGUUGGUGCUAUUAAAACACCUAACCACAAGCUAUUACGUUGAGCCCCAAACAAGAAGCCUGAAAAACAGAACAUAGUUAAGUGUUUUUCUUUUAAAAACAAAUUGAUUUGUACAGUGGAUUUUCAGCAGUUUAAUCCCUUUCCCCCUAAGAUGUGUUAGUCUGCUCAUGUGAAAAUGUUUUACUUUUUUUUUUUUUUUAUUCAUCCCUUUAAACUGCAAUUCAGUAUGUUGGUAGUAUUGACAAAAUACAUGGGCUGUAUUUGCAAACUGUUCAGUAUCUGCUCAUAUCAGUCAUUUAUGCAAACUAUUAUGAACAUGCCUUUGUUUUUAAUGUUUGUACAGUAAUUGUGUGAAUGUGCACAGCAAAAUCUACAUUGUAUAUACAGUUCUGAACACCAAAUGCCUUAUGAACUUAUUCGUAUGUCAUUGGACCAGGAACACCUUUGUAUUUAUGUCUCCUUGUAUUGAAAUGUAGCAUUUUAUUAUUUUUUACCAACAUAAGCCUUUUGUACAAAUAAAUA